AUGGAGCUCAAGCUGGUGUAUCGAGCCCUCCGCAAGAUAUCAGACUGGGCACUGGACGGAUUCUACUCGGAAGUCUAUGUGGACGGCGCGGAGAAUGUGCCAGAACGCGCACCGCUGAUCAUGCGAGUGGACUUGGAUCUCAUCCUUGCAGUGACUCGUCCUUACGAACGUGAUGCGCCGGGACCAGCUGCUACGAUACCUUUCCGCCGACAUGUCUCAUUCUGGGCCAAAUCAAGCAUGUUCAGGAACCCGCUGGCGGGUCAGAUACUCUACUCAUCCGGGGCUAUCCCCGUAUACCGAAAUCCCAACUCUUCCCCCAUACAGGCAACCUCCGCUUCUAGCUCGAAGAAUACGCGGCAACCCACCUCCCUCUUCGAUACAAGCUCCCGCGCGCUCAAAAGAGGCGAGGUGCUCGGAGUCUUUCCCGAGGGAACGUCCUACACCGAACCGCAAAUUGUUCAGAUCAAGGAUGGUGCGGCAUGGGCGGCAGUGGAAUACGCGAAGUACGUCCAUGCCAGACAGCCAGGGAGCGCCUGCGGGCUCGUCAUAGUACCAGUUGGCAUCGUUUACACGGAUAAGUCGCAGUAUCAGAGCCGCGUACGCGUUAGAUACGGACGGCCUAUCGCGAUCGACGCCUAUGCAAGCGAGUUUCUCGGAGUCGGCGAGGACGAUGCUGAUGCUCGCGCUCGUGCGACAGUACGGAAGCUUACGAAUGCGAUCGAGACUUCGUUAUUUGAGCUGACGAUCAACGCGCCUGACUGGGAUAUCUUGUACGCGUCGCGUAUGGCAAGAGACAUCUUGUGGCGCGACCCUGAGCGUAUCAACUUGAAGUACUGGGUGCCUGUCAACCAACGUCUGAUAGGGAUAAUGGACAAGACGAGCGGUCGGGAGAGGUGUCAGCCUGCGCUCUUGCGAUACUACUCCCUUCUGCACUACACCGGUCUAGCUCACGCAGACCUCUCCGCGGUCCUCUCUUCUCGCGCAGGUGAAUCGUACAGACCAUCAGUAGGAAGAGCCCUGGCGAAGUUUGUUGCGAAUUUCCUGCGUAUGACUCUGCACCCUGGGGCUAUCUUGUUUGCGCCAAUGCUCGUGUUGCAUGUCCCUGCAUACUUGCUUGGCCUUGCCGCUGCGAGGAUGUUUGCUCCUCCGGGCGAAGAAGAAGCGCCUGCUCAAUGGAAGACCGUCUUUGGCGGACUCGGUAUGGCGCUGGUGUACGUGCCGGCCAGCUUAUGGACUGCGACGGCCUUCCUGCGCACGCUACGGAGUGGCAUCAACUCGUCCUUCUUCAAGGGUUUCAUGUCCAUCUUCUGCAACAGCGCUAGGGUCGAAGAAGCGGCAUACAGAAUGGCAUCCUUCGUAUACGGCACCGGCGGUUUUAGUGUGAAAGCGCGGCUUCACGAAGCUGUCGGAUGGCUAGGCGUAGCGUACGUUCACGGACUGGUGUUGGCCAGGUGGCACAACGCCCUUGUGGGUGGUGAGUUGAGGAUCCUUCUUACACUGAUGUUGUCAGUUUGUUGA